AUGAAUAUAAAUAAUACUAUAUUUCUAUUAAAAAAAAAGGAUAAAAUAAAUAUUUCUAUUUUUUGUUCUGCAAAACUUUUGCAUACAAGCAAAAUAUGUAAAAAUAGGAAAAGCUUAAAAUAUUUAACUUCCAUCAAAAAUAAUUCAUCAGUUAACAUACAAAAAACAAAAGAAGAAUAUGUUGAUAAAAACUUAAGUACAGAUAUAAAAAAAAAAUCUGAUUUUAUUCAAUAUGUCUUUAAAUGGGGGAUUGGAAAUAAAUUUCGUUCUGAUCCAGAAAAUAGAUUUCAUCCUGUUCAUCUAAAUCGUUCGAAAGAAGUAACUAUCAGAAAAAAUUAUUUUGAUUCUGUUAAUGAUAAUAUAAAAUAUGAAGAAUUAAAUGAACAAUGGGAAGUUUUUUGGUUCGAAAACAACAAAUUAAAUGCAAAACCAUUUCCAAUUAAAAAAUAUGGAAUAGAAGCAGCGAAAAAAGAAGCAAUUAAAUUCUUUGAAUCUUUAAAAAUUAAUAAUCGUGUAAAUGCGAAACCAAAAUUUGAAUCAGGAGUUGAGGGUGUUCAUUAUGAUGUAGUAACUAACUGCUGGAUAUCCUUUUAUAGAUUAAAUAAUUUUCCUAUAUGUAGAUCUUUUUCAGCAGAAUAUCAUGGAUUCGAAACAGCUAAAAAAAUGGCAAUAGAGAGAGUUAAAAGAUAUCAAAAAUAA